GGCAGCAAAGAAUGUGCUCCUCAUCAAAGAUUUUGCCAGCUUCUUAGGCGACGAGGAUUGUGUGGUUCCUGUCAUAGACCCCGGAUGCGUACAAACAGACAUGGGUGGUGGCCAGGCACCAGUUACUCCAGAGCAAGCUAUCAGUGGAGUGACUAUAGUGAUCGAUAAACACUCCAAGGACUUGGACCGAGCCUCUUUAUACAUGUGUCGUUAUAUUGACGCCUGCAUAUGCCAGGGGCGUGUAUAUCUCAUAUGUUCUGCUCACUAAAAUGAUGUAUUCACUAUGCACUGCCGUUCUAGGUCGUAGCUUUAUUCAUCCCUUGUUCCCCAUCGUCGUCGCCGUCGUCGUUCUCGACAUUUCAUCCUCAAUGCGAUAUCACGUCCUCGGUACUGGUGCUAUCGGCUGUCAUUUUGCAGUAGAUCUUCGUUCUCAACACGAUGUCACUCUUGUCUUGCGAUCAGAAAAAGCCUUGCAGGAUUUCCUUAGCCGUCAAAACGAGAUAACGUAUCGACGUGUCAACCAACCUGAUGAAACCGUGAGAAUUAGUGGAUUCGAUGCCAUGGUAGCCGGCGACACUUCAUACAACACCCAUAUGGAUGCUGUCAUUGUCACCACUAAGGCCCAGCAUGCAACAGAAGCUGUACGAUCCAUCAAACCACACCUAUCACGAUCCAGCACCUUGGUGUUAUUCCAGAAUGGCAUGGGUGUUGCCGACGAGUUGCUCGAAAAACUAUGGCCUGGCCCUGAUCGACAAGAGGCACCCGCAAUCGUAAUUGGUGUUAAUCGCCAUUCCGUUAUGCGUACGGAACCGUUCGACAUUCUUCACAAUGCCGGUUGGGACAAACCUACUGAUGGCUACUUUGUUUCGCCAUCGCCCGAAAUUGGAGCAGAACAAGGGGAUCAGGUCCAAUCGGUCAUGCAAGGCAUGAUUGGACUUGCUCGAUUAAACACCAAAAUUGUACCUUGGUCAACACUAUCCCAAUUCAUGAUGAAGAAGCUUGUAGUCAACUGUGGGUUGAACGCGGCAACUGGUAUUUUGGAGUGCUCCAAUGGAGAGUAUAUUGCCAGUGAGCAGGGCUGUCAAUUGAUACGUCAGAUUUGUGAAGAAUGUGCUCAAGUAUUGAGUCCUGAAUUGGAUGCAACACCAGACGAGCUUUAUGAUAUCGUCCACGGCACUGCUGUUGAUGCAGCUCCAAACAAAUGCAGCACAGUCCAGGAUAUCAUGGCAAAACGCCUAACAGAAAUUGAAUAUAUCAACGGCUACAUCAUCCGAAAAGCCAAAGAGCGCAAUAUCCCUGUCCCAACAAAUACGUUCUUUGUGUUGUUGCUUCAUGCCAAGGAGCAUCAGAUUCAUGCAAAAUAGCGUUACUAGUCUGAAUCAUAAAUCCCUCUCUUGAAAUCAUUUAAUAAAAGCACCUCACAGCAGUAUACAUCUCAAGAGGGUUUUAUUAUCAGUGCAAAUAAGACACUGAAGUCCG